AUGGACGACGACGAUGCCCCACCCCAGCUGGUUGACAUCUCGACCGCCCCCGAUGUGGCCCCGCCAUCGACGUCACUAGACACGCCGCCUCAGAACCGCGUGCCCAUCACGCUUGUGACUGGCUAUCUGGGAGCCGGCAAGACCACCCUCCUCAACUAUAUCCUCACCGAGAAGCAUGGCAAGAAGAUUGCCGUGAUCAUGAACGAGUUCGGUGACUCAACCGACAUCGAGAAACCCCUAACCGUCAACCAAGACGGUCAAGAAGUGACCGAAUGGAUGGAAGUCGGCAAUGGCUGCAUCUGCUGCUCCGUCAAAGACAACGGCGUCAUGGCCAUCGAAUCCCUAAUGGAACGCCGCGGCGCCUUCGACUACAUCCUGCUUGAAACGACCGGGCUCGCCGACCCAGGCAACAUCGCCCCAGUCUUCUGGGUCGACGAUAACCUAGGAAGCAGCAUCUACCUAGACGGAAUCGUCACACUGGUCGACGCAAAACACAUCCUGCACCUGCUCGACGAGCCCACUCCCGAAGAAACAGUCUCUAGCCACGGUGGUGCAGAAGCAGAAACCGAAACCGAAUCCAACCACACGCACACGCACACCGGCCCCGUCCUCUCCAUGGCACACAUGCAAAUCUCGCACGCCGACGUAAUCAUCAUCAACAAAGCCGACCUCGUAACCGCGGACGAACUCGCCACAGUCCAAGACCGGGUGACGGCCAUCAACAGCGCAGCUAAAAUCCAUAUCACUGACCAUAGCAAAACGCCGAAGAUAGAGGGCGUGGUGCUGGAUUUGCAUGCGUAUGAUCAUUUGGAUUCGUUGGAUUUUGCUCAGAAGGGACAUAGUCAUAUGGAUCCGCUAGGAUUGUUUCAACUGAUGGAUUAUUAUUACUCGCAGUCCAUUUCAACCAUCGCCCUCACUACACCUCCCAUCACCCCGGCCCAAGUAUCCCGCGUGGACACCUGGCUUCAAUCCGUCCUCUGGGACUCUGUGAUGCCGCUUGCGGAGGAAGUAUCUGGGCCGACGGGAUUCGAUAUCCAUCGGUUAAAGGGGAUUCUGGUGCUGAGUGAUGGGUCGACGAAGAUUAUUCAGGCAGUGCGGGAUGUUUUUGAGAUUAGGGAUUCGGAGCCGGCGGAUGGGAAGAAUCAGUGUAAGAUUGUUUUGAUUGGACGGGGGUUGGGUGGUGAUGAUGGGGGGAGGGCGUGGCAGAGGAGUUUGGAGGAGUGGUUGGGUCGGUAG